AUGAACGUCGCCCUCAAGGAAGCAAUGCCAGAGGCCCUCCUCGUGCAAGGCGCUUCAAACAACCCAUCAUCGACCAUAGAGAUGAUCCCAUUGAAGUACCCAGCAAGCACAUCGAAGCAAAGCAUUUCAUCGCAUAAACCCAAUUCCCCUCCUAUUGAUGGAAAUUCAACACCGACAGAACCAGAACCCCCUCAAGGUCUCCCAUCCCGCAACGUCUCCGUAGCCAAGAGCAUCACCGUAAUCGUCACCCUCGCGGGCAUAAACUUCCUCAAUACAAUGGGCUCCGGCAUCCUCAUCGCCGCCCUCCCGCGCAUAGCCCAAGACGUCGGUCUCGACGAGAGCCUCGUCCUCUGGCCCGCCGCCGUCUACAACCUCGCCGCCGGCUGCCUCCUCCUCAUCUUUGGCGCCGUCGCCGACGUAGUGGGCGCAAAGCUCAUGUGGCUGACGGGGAGCUACCUCUGCGUCGUCUUCACCGUCGCCGUCGGCCUGUCCAAGACGGGGAUCCAAAUCAUUCUCUUCCGCACCGCCGUCGGCGUCUCUAUUUCGGCGUGCUUGCCCACGGCCAUGGCGUUCAUCACAAAGACGUUUCCCAAGGGCGGGUGGCGCAACGUUGCGUUUUCGAUGAAUGGGAUUGGGUUCCCGCUCGGGUAUGCGCUCGGCCUGGUCCUGGGUGGCAUCUUCACAGAUACGAUCGGCUGGCGUUGGGCAUACUACAUGAUGGCCUUUAUCAACUUUGCUCUGUCGACCGCGGCGGUCUGGUCUCUGCCUUCGAUUCACCAGCCGUCCGAGAAGAAGUGGACGCGCCGCUUGGCGGAGGAUAUUGACUGGACAGGAGCCGUCAUCAUGAGUGUUGCGCUGGUUUCCAAAAAGUCCAAGGCAUCUCCGCGCUGCAAAGCUCUCUGCGAUUUCUGCCUCACGUCGUGA